AUGUAUCGAAUACUAAUAGCGCUGUUUCUCACAGUCACAGUACAAGCUGGGGGCUAUACGCAUGAACAAAACUUGAGUUGUUCAGGACGCGCGCACUUCAAUGUUACUCUUACGGCAUACUAUCCGGACUUCACGAGUGAGAAUGAAUCCGAUUAUCUUGACAGCAGAGGCAAAAAAUUACGUGCGCUACAGGAUUUCAUCGAUGGUAGAGCUGAAUAUGUCACAGUAGCAAUGGAUCAUAUUGAGAAACUCCCGUACGGUUCAACUAUCUGCGUUCCAGAGCUCAAUGAGCAUUUUAGAAGAAUGAUUCCUUUACAAGUACGGGAUCACGGAUUGAAUUUAAGAAGCAAAGGUUUUUCAAGAUUAGAUAUCUGUGUAAGAACUGAGGCUGAUAGUUACGACAACGCUGUUAAUCGGGUUGUGACUUUGUACACACAAACAUAA